UGGUAGGGUAUUCAACAUUUUUAAUUUUUUAAUAUAAUAAUUGUAAAAUGUAAUUUGGUUUUUCUAGUAUCUGGUAAUUCAAAUUCAUUGGACCACAGUAUUGCAUAUUAUGAGAAAAAUGAGUUGAAUAUCGAUUGUAGUAUGAAUUUAAACAAUGAUUUAGUUAAUUCUAUUAAUCCAGAAGUAUCUGGUAAUUCAAAUUCAUUGGACCACAGUAUUGCAUAUUAUGAGAAAAAUGAGUUGAAUAUCGAUUGUAGUAUGAAUUUAAACAAUGAUUUAGUUAAUUCUAUUAAUCCAGAAGUAUCUGGUAAUUCAAAUUCAUUGGACCACAGUAUUGCAUAUUAUGAGAAAAAUGAGUUGAAUAUCGAUUGUAGUAUGAAUUUAAACAAUGAUUUAGUUAAUUCUAUUAAUCCAGAAGUAUCUGGUAAUUCAAAUUCAUUGGACCACAGUAUUGCAUAUUAUGAGAAAAAUGAGUUGAAUAUCGAUUGUAGUAUGAAUUUAAACAAUGAUUUAGUUAAUUCUAUUAAUCCAGAAGUAUCUGGUAAUUCAAAUUCAUUGGACCACAGUAUUGCAUAUUAUGAGAAAAAUGAGUUGAAUAUCGAUUGUAGUAUGAAUUUAAACAAUGAUUUAGUUAAUUCUAUUAAUCCAGAAGUAUCUGGUAAUUCAAAUUCAUUGGACCAUAGUAUUGCAGAUGAGAAAAAUGAGUUGAAUAUUGAUCGUAGUAUUAACUUGAACAAUGAUUUUGUAACAUCUACUAAUUCAGAAGAGAUACCCAUCAUAGAAACAACUAAAUUUGACAAUGAUCCUGCUUAUAUCCCUAGUUCUAUAUCUGCUGAACUAUUGAGUUACUUCGCCAACCUUGGCCCUUGCCAGCCAACACCAAAUGAUUUACCCCAACAUUCAUUUAAAAAAAAAAAAGACUGGAAUUAUAUGAAUAGAUCUUUCCACGAGUCUUAUUAUUACAAAAAAUUGGCAAACAAUAAUAAAUCUAGAAGACUUUGGCUAUCUUAUUCACCAAGUAAGGAUCUUAUUUUUUGUAUUUCCUGUAAACUUUUUGGUUUACCAAAAGCCCAAAAAUCAAAUUUAGCUUUGAAUGGUUCAAAUGAUUGGUCUAAUAUACAAAGAAUUAUUAAUAAUCACGAACACUCACAUAAUCAUAUACAGUCAGAAAUCAGUCGGGGUCUAUAUUUACAAAGUAAUCGAAUUGAUUUAAAUGACCAAUUAAUUAUAUGUGCUAAUCGUGAAGUGGCUAAUAAUAGAGAAGUGGUUCGAACUGUUAUUGAGGUAUUGAUUUUUGCUGCUCGACAAAAUAUAUCGCUACGAGGACACAAUGAAAAUGUUCAAUCAUUAAACCGCGGAAAUUUUUUAGAACUAUUAAAAGUCAUAGGACGUCACAGUGCCCCUGUUAUGAUGCAUCUUGAAAAAAUAAACAAAAGUAAUAAUAACAGAUUAACAUUUAUGUCUUCUAAAAGUCAAGAAAAACUGUUGAGUAUAUUAGGUGAAAUGGUUCGAGCACAAAUAUUGAAAGAUGUGAAAAAUGCUUGCCAUUUUGCUGUUAUAAUUGAUACCACUACGGAUAUAUCAAACCAAGAACAGUUUACAUUUAUAGUGAGAUAUGUUAACAGUACUGGUGUAAUAGAAGAGCGAUUGUUGGCUUUAGAAACUGCAAGUGAUGCUACAGGACAAGGAUUAUUCAAUACCUUUUGUACAAUAACAAGUAAAUAUGACAUCAACUGGGAAAAACAUCUGUGUGCACAAUCAUUCGAUGGUGCAGCAUCUAUGCAAGGAAUUUAUUCAGGUCUACGAAGUUUUAUUCAACAUAAAAAUCCUAGAGCAAUUUACGUUUGGUGUUUUGCCCACAUAUUAAACUUAGUAGUGGUAGAUACAUGUGAUUCAUGUACUAUUGUACUGAUACUAAAAAUUUUUUUGGAGAUGUUCAAUCAUUAG